UUGGGUGCUCCAAUCGUAAGUAAACAUUUAAAAUUCGAUAUUUCAGAGAAUUUUCGAUGUACUGGAAAGAGAGUAGCAUGAAAAUGUAUAGAAUUACGCGAGCUUCCAGUAAGGUGUCAAAAUUAUUUCUAAAUAUGUCCAGCAGAUGGCACUUUGAUCUGUACACCACAAAGGCAUCUUAUAGUAUUAAUAAUUCGUAACUUGAAACAUGUAAAGGAGUAAGAAGUUAAGUAAGGCAAGAACUCUGGCAACGUUAAAAAGACUUUAGAAUUAAUGGCAAAUCAUUGUGGUUAGUGUUGUGUUUUCUGCUAAAGAGAUUAAAAAUCCACUCCUUGCAUUUAUUUAUAACGUAUGGAUGUGGAUGCAAAAAGUGCUGUUGGAAGAAUUAACGAAACUGAUGUCGAAGGAAUGGACUUUUCGGAUACUACAGAAGAAUACGUGGAUUGGGAUGAGGGAACCAUAAAAGACGAUUCAGACGAAAAUGUCGAUAAAUUAUAUAAUAAUCUCGUGUGUGGGCCUAAAUGUAAUGUAAAUUUUGUGGAUCAAAUUGGCAGAAGGGACGAAAAUAGUAUCAAAGAAGUUGAUUGUAUAGUGGAUAAUUUGGUUAAUAAUGUUGCGGAGGACGUCAUAAUUGUUGAAUGUUUGGAUGGUGAACGUGCUUUUGAAUCAAAGAACAUUGUAUCAAAGCUGAGCUCAAUAACUACUUAUAUAAAGAACGAUUCAUGGUCGAAUAAAAGUAGUAUUAAACUGCCAAUUCGGAGGAACUUAUUUAAUCAAUUUGUGGCGUAUUUGUCAAAACGACAGGUUCCAUUGGUUUCAGUACAGGAUGCAAUAGAAUUAUAUAAAGAGAGUGAAAAAUAUAAUAUUGAAAAUUUAGGUAAAAUUUGCCGAAAUUAUCUUACUAAUCACGUCAAGAUUGGAAACGUUUGUCAAAUACACGAUUUUGCGUGCAAACAAGCGGACGAAUUUAUUCAGUUUUACUGCUGGAGGAUAUUCAGUGAAUUUUUAUUGCAGAUACUUAAAACUGACGACUUUUACCAUUGUAAUGAUACAACAAUCAACAGGCUCGUUUCCAGAAGAAUAUAUAAUUCGAUAAAUGAAAUUGAUUUGUUUCAAGGUAUACAGAAAUGGGUGGAAGUGAAGUGUAAGAAGCACAAAAUAAUUGCAGAUAUUUGCGUAAACUGUCGUCUCAUUAUAAAGCCUUUCCUUCCCAAUAUUAGAUUUUUGGCAAUGGCUUCUAGUGACUUUGAAUCUAUUGUUGUUAACUCGAACAUCUUAACUUCAACAGAGAUUCGUGCCAUUCGUAGUUACCAUCACACAGGCGAUGUAGCGACUAUAACAUCUGAGAAAUUAAGUUGUGUGACAACUAAUAGGAAGGGUGAACAUUGUGGAUUCUUAUAUUGCUAUAAAAACCGCGAACAAUUCGGAUAUAAUAUUAGUAGAUUAGUGAAACGUGCCGAUUUUUUCGAAUGUAUCGUAUUAGUGAAUGAAGAUUGCUUUUUCACCUACUUACACCUUCCAAUAAGUCACGUUAAACAGGGGGAUGUUAAUAUCUUACUUCAUUUUUGCCUCGCUUCUAACAGUAAGUGUUUGAAAGUUCUGAAUCUUAAAUGCGAUAAUUAUGGUUUUGCUUGCAUAACGGAACCUCUACUCCUGAAAAAACGUUACUCGUAUGAAAUGAUUGUUUCAAUUCCAGAUGAAGAACUGAACGGUGAUUACAGCAUUAAGAUUUUACCCGAUGCUGAUGCGUACGUAGCUUCUUUAUUCAUAGAAACGUGGAAACAAAGAGAGAAGAAUUUGUAUGUUAGAAAUAGAUGAAAUGCAUUUUAUUUUAAUGUAAUUUUAUAUUUUUAAAUGCUUUUUAUUAGAUUUAAUUAUUAGUCUCGGUUACGUUUAAGAUUGUUGCGAACACAGUAAUAAUACGAACCGUAUUUUUGACUUUUUUCUGUGAU